AUGUCCCGCCAGCAGCAGGCUAUGCGCAACUUGAUGCAGGGCAUAAAAAUGCCAAAGGGGGCCCCUGGUCGGGGUUUCUUCACGUCAACCGGUGCUCUUCUUGGUCUGACACUUUUGGGUGUGGGAGUUAACGCAAGUUUAUUCAAUGUUGACGGAGGACAUCGUGCAAUCAAGUUCUCUCGUAUUGGAGGCACAAAGGACCACGUAUAUCCCGAAGGCACACACGUUGCGAUCCCUUGGCUUGAAACCCCCAUCAUCUAUGAUGUUCGCGCAAAGCCCAGGAACAUUGGAUCUUUGACCGGUACCAAAGAUCUUCAGAUGGUGAACAUUACUGUACGUGUCCUCUCCCGUCCGAAGGAGCACAAGCUCCCGCAGAUUUACCAGACCCUGGGUCUGGAUUUCGACGAACGUGUUCUACCCUCGAUCGUAAACGAGGUACUGAAGAGCGUCUGCGCUCAAUUCAACGCAUCACAAUUGAUUACACAGCGUGAGCGGGUGUCUCGAUUGAUCCGAGAACACUUGGUGCAACGUGCGAACCUUUUCAACAUAACAUUGGAUGAUGUAUCGAUCACACAUAUCGCCUUUAGCCCCGAAUUCACCCAUGCCGUCGAAGCAAAGCAGAUUGCUCAACAAGAGGCACAAAGGGCCUCAUAUAUCGUUGACAAGGCGAAGCAGGAAAAGCAGUCCAUUAUUGUGAAGGCUGAAGGAGAUGCAAAGGCUGCAUCCUUGAUUGGUGAUGCAGUCAAGAACGCUCCUGGAUUCCUAGAAUUGCGAAAGCUUGACACUGCACGGGACAUUGCCAACACCAUAUCCACCUCGAGUAACCGUGUGUAUAUUGACAGUGAUACGCUGAUGUUGAAUGUUGCUCAUAACCAACCGAAUGUGAGCGAAAAGAAAUAA